UUGGAAAGAAAAAGACCAAACAAAUAUUAUCAUGUCUAAAACAAAUAAUUGUCAUUAAACACUGUGCAGCACAUUUAACCUUAAACUCUGUAUGACCUCCCUUAUUUAAUGACAUCGGUCCUAGGAAAGAAAUUAGGUAAUAUGUAACACACCCUCUUAUUUAAACUGCAAGAUACUAGCACAGUACUGCAAUAGCCAAGAGAUAAAGUAGGAAGAGAGGGCAGGGUUUACUGUACAUGACUAGCUGAGCAGGUUUCCUGGUAAAUGAAACUAAAGAUAGAGCAUUCACAAGCUGCCACAACCAAAGAGCCUCAUCAAAUUGUCCCCAUGGCUGACCAACUGAAGGCCAACCUUACCUGCCCAAUAUGCUGUGACAUCUUCAGGGACCCUGUGACAUUGAAGUGUAGUCACAGCUUCUGUCAGGAGUGCUUGCAGAAGUACUGGAAGGAUCUGGAUGUUCCGCUGUGUCCCAUCUGCAGGAAGAAGUGUUCGUCUGAGGAGCCCACACUGAGCCUGGCCUUUAAGAGUCUCUGUGAGUCUUUAAAAAGUGUGAAUACAACCACAGGACGGGAUGAUGUGUGCUCUUUGCAUGGAGAGAAAUUGAAACUGUUCUGCUAUGAGGAAAAUCAGCCCAUUUGUGUCAUCUGUUAUGAUUCCGAGCAACAUAAAAAACACAAAUGCUCUCCUAUUCAAGAGGCAGCUCAAGAUCUGAAGAUAAAGUUAAGAACAGGAAUUGAAGUAUUAGAGGAGAGUCUGCUUGUGUUAAAUAAGGCAAAGGAAGACAAUGAAAAAGUUACCAACAUGGUAAAGACCCAUGUGCAAACUGUAGAACAAGAGGUGAGACAAGAAUUUCGAAAGUUCUACCAGUUUUUGCAGACUGAAGAGGCUAAAUGGAUCACAUUUCUCCAGGAAAUGGAGAAACAAAAAUGCAGUGGCGUGGAAAAAAAUCUUGCCAAAUUACACCAGAAGAUUACAAGACUUUCAGAUACCAUUCAAGUGAUGAAACAGGAAAUAGAAGAGGAAAACAGUGCAUUCCUGAAGAACUAUAGUAUGAACAAUGAAAGAAUUAAAAAUAGUGCUGUGGAGCCUAUACGCAAAGUGCCAGAGGUUCAUUGUGAAGACAUAACACUCCCUGGCUCACUGUUCACGGUGUGGGCACAAAUGAAGGAUCUUAUCCAAAAACCUCCUGUUAUGCUUGAUCCACUCACUGCAUCCAGCCAGCUCAUCAUCUCGGAGGGCUGUACAACUGUCACAUAUUCAAAACAGAGACUGUCGGUUCCAGAUAACCCUGAGAGAUUGUAUGUUGGUGUCCUCGGCUCGCAGGGUUAUACUGCGGGCCUACACUGCUGGGAUGUUGGGGUUGGGAACAGUAAUAAAUGGACUCUUGGGGUGAUUGAAGAGAAUGUGGACCGGAAGGAACUUCUCAAGAUGGAACCCAGUGGUAGAUUUUGGAGCAUACGUCUCAGUGACGGUGUAUACAGAGUGGGCGUGAGAGGACAGCCACAAAUAGCUGUGCGUUAUGUUCCAUCGAUAAGAAUAUGGCUAGACUAUGACAAGGGACUGGUCAAAUUCUGUGACCCACAUAGAAACUGCACCUUGUACAGCUACACCUGCAAAUUCAAAGAGAAAGUAUUUCCAUACUUUUGUAGUGGAGAUCCCAAUUGCCCAAUGAGUCUCUUUCCAGGAAAAAGCACAAAGUGACUUUUUGUCUCAAUAUUGUUAGCCGGACGAUAGUAAAACAGAUUUAAUAAGGAAGUGUUUAAGAACAUAAUUGUAUUGUGACACAAAUUGCAAAAUAAUUUAUAUUGUCAUGGUCAGGGUGUCUGAUCUUUACACACAUUUAGGGCUGUCAAAUAAUCUAAAAAAGUUAACUGACUAAGACAUUGUUUGCUGUGAUAAAAUCGUUGUGAUAAAAUGCAAUUCAGCUUUUAAUAAUUAAUGUUUUAAUCACAGAAUAAAUGUAGUUGAAAUGAGACAUAUGCAAAGAAGUAGGCCUACAUUACACUAAAAGUCAAUUUUACCUUUUUGAACACAGAUUGUUUCCUGUGAACUUGCCAACAAGUUUCCAAUAAAACCAUUUAGGCCAUUGA